AUGACACGAAAGAAAGAGCACGACAAAGACACAGACACGAUGCAAACACAGCAUUACAAAAUAAGGCACAGACAAAAGUUGACACAACAAGGACGACACGGACACAGCAUGAAAAUGAUACGAUACGGGGCACAGCACGAUACAGACACGACACGGACACAGCACGACACGGACAUAGCACGACACAGACACGAUACAGACACGACACUGACACAACACGAUACGGACACGAGACGGACACAGCACGAUACAGACACGAGACAGACACAGCACGAUACGGACACGAGACGGACACAGCACGAUACAGACACGAGACGGACACAGCACGAUACAGACACGAGACGGACACAGCACGAUACAGACACGAGACGGACACAGCACGAUACAGACACAAGACGGACACAGCACGAUACGGACACGAGACGGACAGCACGAUACAGACACGAGACGGACACAGCACGAUACAGACACGAGACGGACACAGCACGAUACAGACACAAGACGGACACAGCACGAUACAGACACGAUAUGGACACAGCACGACACAGACACGACACUGACACGAUACGGACACGACACAGACACGAGACGGACACAGCACGAUACAGACACGAGACGGACACAGCACGAUACAGACACGACACGGACACAGCACGACACAGACACGAUACAGACACGACACUGACACGAUACGGACACGACACAGACACAACACGAUACGGACACGAGACGGACACAGCACGAGACGGACACAGCACGAUACAGACACGAGACGGACACAGCACGAUACAGACACGAGACGGACACAGCACGAUACAGACACGAGACGGACACAGCACGAUACAGACACAAGACGGACACAGCACGAUACAGACACAAGACGGACACAGCACGAUACAGACACGAUAUGGACACGACACAGACACAACACGAGACGGACACAGCACGAUACAGACACGAGACGGACACAGCACGAUACAGACACGAGACGGACACAGCACGAUACAGACACGAGACGGACACAGCACGAUACAGACGCAAUCUGCAGACACAGAAGACACAGUCCCGACAUGGUCACAACCAAAGCUCAACGCUCACGAGACAGUCACAGCAUAA